GCAGUUCACCUUCUGAAAGACAUGAUACAAGCUCUGACCCGAUUUGUUAUAGAGGAAUAUCUCGUGAAAUAUUCGGUCAAAUUCGAAAAAAAUGAUAAUCAUUUUAAGUGCAGGUAGCGGAUAAUGUAGCCGCUCGCUGUAAUUUAUUCAAUGAAUAUCAAAAAGAUUUUGAAUUUUUUUGCCAAGGAUCACCGUUUUUUGUUUUUUGAAAACUGUCGAUACUACACUUUUGUGAAAAAUGAUAAUUCGAAUGGAUACACGAGUUUUAAUGGUGGCUGAAAUUGUUUUACUGAUAAUUUCACUCCAAUCAGCUCAGGGAAUGUUCCGGGAAGAGACAACUAAAAAGAAGAGUCAACCUCAAACUUCAGCCAAUCAGCAAGCUUACAGUAAUAAUUGGAAUAGAAACCAGACUCCCAGCCAACAAUCAGCUGAUUAUUCCCCUCAAGCAUCAUCAUUCACAAAAGUGGAAGAAGGUGCUAGCCAAGCAGCCGUUCUGUCAUCACCAGGGGAUAGAGGUUUUACAAAUUCUGAUAGAUCUACUUUCUCACCCAAGAGCAGGAGAUCAAGGGUUAAAACAUACCGCUAUCCUUCAGAUGGCAAAGUUACAACUAGAGAUCCAACUUACACAACAUCUGUCACCACCAAAACCCGUCCACAGACCAGAAGGAGGUAUAGAACUAGAAAAAAAGGAGGUCGCAGAGUUCCUAACAAGAGAAGAUUGAGGAAGCGACGUAGGAGACCUGGUCGUAACUCAAGAAGAAGAUCACAACAAAGCUCUGGAGAUGAAAUUUCUGAAUUGGAAGAGUAUGAGUUGGAGGAUGAACCAAAACUAGCAGCAUCUUCCACUCAAUCGAGGAAAGCUUCUUCAUCAUUGUCGAGAACUGGAACAAUUGCAGGUUAUUCAUCAAGUAAAGGUUUUGGGAUUGAUGGGGAUGAAAUUGAGAAGGGUACAAGAUUACCUGAUGACUUUGCGGGAUAUUCAACGAAAGAACAGGCAUCAGGUUCAAGACUUCAAGGACUAAAACCGGGUAAUCAAGGUCAAAAACACACACUCCCCCUAAAUCAGCGUCAAGGCCCCACUCAGAGUCAACCAGUAACCCAAUCUAAAACCACAGUAAUAACAUCAAAAUCAACAGAGGGAACAUCACCCAGACUUGUACAACAGUCAAACGAUCCAGGAGUAAGAGAUGGGUUCACUGUUCAGAAGUCUUCUUCAAAAAUUCCCACAGUACCAUCAUCAAGAAAUCAGGGUAGUACAAUAGCCAAUCAACCCUCAAAGGUAGUGGAGUCAUCAACAGUUAUAAGGAAGCAGUCCGCAGGUCCCCAGGAAUCAACAUCAACCAGAAUUCAGCAAGUGCCAUCAAAUACUGGUCAAGUAACAACAAGAGUAUCCCAGAUAACUGAAGGGAAAUCAUUCAAUACUCAUGAAGAGAAAUCAAAAGCUGGGAACUCGCAACAAAGCAGGGAGAUUGAGAGGAGCUGGGUAGGUGGAAAACCUUCGGAUGAGAGAGUGUUCAUCACAAAACAGACAAGUGCUUCAUCCAGUGCAAGUAGGGACAAAUCAAUCAAAACAGGAGCCCAAGAAAAAUUCGUGGAGAAGAAACAGGUAGAGGUUGCACAAGACACAAGUCCAAGGUCCACUCUAGCGGGAACAACAACCAAAACUACGAGAGUUAGUCCAGCUAGUAGGAGGGUACAAGCUUCAUCAACAAGAAGGAAAUCAGCAUCUGCUCAAAGUAGUCGGUCACAUCAGGAGUCAUCCAGAACAGUAAUAGAGAAAAAGGUAGGAGCUCAAAGAUCAACAGCACAGGCUCCAAAAAGGUCACAAAAUCAAGAAGCCCAAAGAUCAACAGCACAAGCUUCAAGAAGGUCACAAAACCAACAAUCCCUGACAAGACAAUCCAACAGGAGAACAACAGAUGUAGCCACAAGUAGAGACCAAACUGGCAAUGACUUUACACAGAAAACCAUCAAUCAACAGACAUCUCCUGCAUGGGUGACAGAGGUUAAGAACCAGUCACCAAGAGGUACAGUAACUGAUGAAAAGAAAGUGUUCUCUGGAUCUCCACAGAGCCAGGACAAACAAUCAUUGGAAUCGAUAUCAAAGACAGUCACACAAACAUCAGCUACCAGAGGGACAGCCGAUGCAGGUUCAAUUAGAGGGAACACCCCAACAUUCACUAGGACUGAAGUUAUAACUUAUGACGAGCAGCCAAUAGUGAUAUCCCAGUCACCUAGGGUAAUAACUGAGAGAACUGGAGUGCCUUCUCAAAAAUCGAUUGUAAGAGAAGAUGUGGUGCAUAAGGGACACUGGGAUGAGUGGGAUGAGGAAGAAGAAGAAGAAGAGGAAGAGGAUGAUUGGUUGGAAGAGCAUGAUGAGGAAGAGUGGUUAGAGGAAUAUGAUGAUGAAGAUUGGUUGGAAGAAGAUGAAGAAUGGUUGGAAGAAGAAGACUGUGAGGAUGAUGAAGGUGAUGGGGAACACAAAGAGGAAUGGAUUGAGGAGCAUUGGGAAGACUAUUACGAGGAUGAAUGGGAGGAAGCAGAAAUCAAGAGGAGAAUGGAGGAGUGGGAACGUGAAUGGGAAGAGAGAAAAUAUCAGGAGUGGAAGGCAUUGUUCAUGGAUUCAGUGAGAGAGAGGAAGAGGAGAGAGUGGGAAGAAAAGUGCAGGGUAGAAAAGUGGACUGAAAUUGAAAGAGAGAGAAGAAGAAAGGGAUGGGAAGAUGAUUGGGACAAGGUUGAAGAGGUGAGACAAAAAGCAGCAUGGGGAGAACGGUGGAAGGAGAUGAUAUUUGAAGAGAGAAAGAAGAUAGUGGAUGAAGUUCAUGAAGAAGAGGAUCAUCAUCAUUACAAACCGGGAGUAAGAUCAGAAAUAAUUACAACUACCACAACGUCCUUUAUUACAAAAGAUGGAACAGAUUCUGGGAGAGUCAAUCCAUCUGAGAAGGUCCCUCAAUCACCAAAACCGGCUGAGAAAACUACAACAGAAACAAUUAUCACAAGAACAAAUACACCUGAGAGGUCUCAACAGGGACCACUUGGAAGAGAACUGGAUAGAAAAGACCAACCAAAAUCUCUGGAUUUGAGUAGAACGACGAAUAACCAGAUAACAACUGUGAAAGUGACAGAUAAUAGACAAACACCAUCAUCUCAAGGGGGCUCAAAUGUGAUUACAGUGGUCAAAGCUCCAACUUCACAGAAUGAAAGAGUUCCAGACUGGAAAUCAACCAAUAAAGGAGCAACAAUAACUACAACUUCUACAACAACAAACAAGGAUGAUCAACCUUCCCAGUCAACAAGAAACAUAUCCAAACAACAGAGUUCUCAAGGAGCUCGUAUUGAACCAUCACAGCAGAGGUCUCAGUUGAAGAAUAGACCUGGAUCUGAUUCAAGGAGUAAGAAAAUUACAAAUUCUCCAAGAAAAGAGAGAAAGAGGACGGUGACAACUGUCACUACAACAAAGAGAACUUCACGACCACGGACAAGUAGUUCAAGAACACAGAAGGCGGAUAGAAGUAAUCGAGCGGAGAAACCAGAGGUGCAGAAAAUGAGCACAGUGACACAAGAGCCUGCUACAAACAAGAAGAGUUCACCAAGGAGAACUACUAAACAAUCGAGUUCCCAAACCCCAAGGAAUAGGAACAACAAUGAUCCAAAGCCUUUAUCAAGUAGAACUCCAACUAGUGGUUCACCAACAACAAAGGUACCUGGGAAUAGGUCUGAGGCAAAGGAGUCACAAUCUAGACAAGCUCUAAGCAGAGAUACAUCAGGAACGGGGCAGAGUCCAAAUAGAUUGGAAGUUCAGAGACCAUCUAUAGAGCCAAUGCGAGGUCCAGAAAAGAGAGAACCUGGCAAUAACUCUGUUCAAAAACCAGUUCCACAACCAAUGAAGAAAGAUUCAGAGAAAGUUCCAACCCCUCAAAAGUCUUCAAUGCAAAGUCCUCAAGGAACAUCAAAAACACCAUCAAGAGAAAUACCUCAUAGACAACAACAAUCAACAUUGCAAGAUCCGAAAUCUCAGAAGCCUGCAAUCACUCAAAUGAAGACUACUCAAGAAACGUUGACUUCUCCCUCAAAAGAAACACCUCAGAGGCAACAACCAACAUCUCAGAAGCCUACAAUUACUCAGAUGAAGUCUACCCAAAAAACACCAAACUCUCCCACAAAAGAAACACCUCAGAAUCAACAACCAACAUCAAAAGAGCCAAACUCUCAGAAGCCUACAAUCAUUCAGAUGAAGACUACUCAACAAACAUCAACUCCUGCUUCAAAGUCAAUGCCUCAGAAAGAACUGUCAGAACAGAAAGAUUCGACCCCUCAAAAGGCUCCUAUUGUGCCAAUGAAAACCAUUCAAGAAUCAUCAACUCCUGCUUCAAAGACAACUCUUGAGAAAGGACAACCAAAGUCUGAAGACUCAACCCCUCAAAAGGCUCCUAUUGUACCAAUGAAAACCAUUCAAGAAUCAUCAACUCCUGCUCCAAAGACAACUAUCGAGAAAGGACAACCAAAAUCUGACAACUCAACCCCUCAAAAGGCUUCUAUUGUACCAACACAAACUACUCAAGAACCAACAACCCCUGCACCAAAGUCAACUCCUCAGAAAGAACAGUUGGAAAAGAAAGAAUCAAUCCCUCAAAAAGCUCCUAUUGUACCAAUGAAAACAAAUCAAGAAUCAUCGACUCCUGCUCCAAAGUCAACUUCUCAGAAAGAACAACCAAAAUUGGAGGACUCAACUCAUCAAAAGGUUCCUAUUGUACCAAUGAAAACGACUCAAGAAUCAUCAACUCCUGCUCCAAAGAUAGCUCCUCAGAAAGAACAGUUAGCAGUGAAAGAUUCAGCACCUCAAAAGGCUUCUUCUUCUCCUAUUGAUCCAAUUAAAACUACUAAAGAAUUAUCAACUCCUGCUCCAAAGUCAACUCCUCAGAAAGAGCAAUCAAAAUUGGAAGACUCAACCCAUCAAAAAGCUCCCAUUGUACCAACGAAAACUACCCAAGGACCAUCAACUCCUGCCCCAAAGUCAACGCCUCAGAAAGAACAGUCACAGCAGAAAGAUCCAACCCCUCAAAAAGUUCCUAUUGUACCAAUGAAAACCACCCAAGAACCAUCAACUCCUGCCCCAAAAUCAACUGUUCAGAUAGAACAGCCGAAAGAGAAAGAUUCUACCCCUCAAAAGGCUUCCUCUCCUCUUAUUGAUCCAAUGAAAACUACUCAAAAACCAUCAUCUCCAGAUUCAAAAACAACUCCCCAGAAAGAGCAGCUGACAGUGAGAGAUCCAACUCCUCAAAAAUAUCCUAAUGUACCAAUGCAGACUACCAAAGGGUCAUCAACAUCUUCUCCUAAAGAGACCCCUCAGCAACCUUCUUCGGAACCAAAAGAUAAAACACCUCAGCAUCUUUCUAUCACCCCAAUGAAAACCACUCAAGGAACUUCAACCACUUCCAAACAAAACCAACAACAACAUCAACCUACAACAAAAGAAAUAAUUCCAAAGACACCAUCAAUUACACCAACAAAAAUGAAAAGCCCUGAGAAUGUAGUUGGUCCAGAAAAGGCUUCAUCAUCACGAUUGAGGCAUGAACAGAAUAGAAAAUCAGGAAUUUUGACUCAACAAAAGCCAGUUUUGACUUCUAAGACCCCAUCUAUUAGUCAAGCUACAAGGAAAGACUCUGCAUCUGAGAAGAUUCUUGUAAAACCCAUGAAACAUGAUUCUGGGCCUAUACAGCCUUCCUCCAGGACCACAUCAAAAAUUCAACGAACUGAUACUUUGAAGUCUCAGAAACCAUCAAUUGUAAGAGGAAAGCAAAUAAGUGAGUCUUCACAGAGUCCACAGACAUUCAUAACAAAAACAAAAGCAGUGAGAGAGCCUGGAAAUGAUUGGGGCUCCAUAGAACAGAAAUCUGUCAAAGUAGUCUCAGCAAGAAGAGGAUCAGGUAGAACAGAAGGACAGGAUGUCUUCUUGAAGAAAAACAUUCAAAACUCUUCCAUAUCAAGACAGAAACAAAUAGAAGCUGAAGGAAUAAAUGCAUCAAGAUCAUCAUCACGUUCAAGAGUGACACAAUAUUCUGCCCAGAAAAAAGACAGAUCUUUGAAAAAAGGUGUGUCAAACUAUUCCAGGGGAAGCCAAGUGUCAGGUGGAAUGGGAAAAGCACAAGGUGAUUCAACAUUGAGAACAUCUCAAUCAUCUAGAGCUACAAGAAAACGCAUUAUGCAUUAUCCAGGCUCUAGAUCAUCUCUGAAGGCAAAUGAUUUGUCAUUCACAAAAUCAUCUGAUGUUGCAAAGGAUCAGGCUUUGAGGAAAUCAUUCAGAAGAGGAGGAUCAAGAGAAAGAAUUCGAAAUAAACAAUCUUCUCUGAUAAGACCUGUACUGUCAUCUCAAGAUGUUGGCAGAAUUUCGUCAAGAAGACAUGAUGGCUUUUCAUCAGCAGAAUCACAAGCAGAUUUGUUCAGGAAACUCCUGGCAAGAGACAGCUCUUCAAGAAGAUCAUAUCAAGAUGUUUCCUCUGGGUAUUCUUCCAAUUAUUCCUUAGAUGAUGAUGAAGAUGAUUUGUAUUCAUCACAACAUACCUCACAUCCUUCUGGUUCAUUUGCCCUGAAAUCACAUUCUAACAUACAACCAAAAUGGGGAGCCCUGAGAAGAAAUUAUAUGAACCAUUUCUCACCUUCCGAAUAUAAUCAAUACUUGGAUUAUGAUGAUGAGGAGCCAGACUAUGAUGAUCUGUAUAGUUAUCCUCUUGGGGGUGCGAAUGAUUAUCAAAACCAUCCAGCUUAUCUUGACAAGUAUUGGUCUCCAACUUAUGGUUCACGGCAAAGAAAUGAUGUGAACUAUGAAUGGACAUCUCCAAGAUUCUCAGAUUAUGAAUUGGAUGAUGAACUGGAGCCUGAAGGUCCUUAUAGUUUGAGAAAUUAUCCUGAUUAUUCAUAUUACGAUUCAAAAUCAGGACUAAGGCAAAGGAACGAUUUGAAUAUCCUAACAGAUUCAUCCGAAAAUGGAUUAGAUUUCUUCCCUUUUGGAGGGAAAUCAUUCUUUAGAUCACCUUAUCCAUAUAUCUACAGUAACCUUUGGGGAAAUAAUAAGCUUUUUGUUAAUGGACUUCCAAGAUACAAUAUAUUAGAAUAUGAAGAUCCCAACAAUUUAGAGAAUUCAUUUUUUGGAUCUAUUUAUACUCCUUAUUCACAUCAUAACCCCUUAUACAAUAACCUUUGGCGCGGAAAUCAGCUUUUUGUUGAUUAUUCUCCAACAUACAAUAUAUUGGAUAAUUAUGAUCCAUUCAUUCUAGAGGAUUCAAUUUCUGGAUCAAUUUAUUCUCCUUAUUCAAACCAUUAUCCUUUCUACAAUAACCUUUGGGGAGAUAAUAAGCUUUCCGUUAAUGGCUUUCCAAGGUACAAUAUAUUAGAAGAUUUUGAUUCUAACAAUCUACAAAAUCCAUUUUCUGGAUCAAUUUUAUCUCCUUAUUCACAUAAUAAUCCUUUCUACAAUAACCUUUGGGGAGAUAAUAAGCUUUUCGUUAAUGGCUUCCCAAGUUACAAUAUAUUGGAAGAUUAUGAUUCUAACAAUCUACAAAAUUCAUUUUCUGGAUCAAUUUUAUCUCCUUAUUCACAUAAUAAUCCUUUCUACAAUAACCUUUGGGGAGAUAAUAAGCUUUUCGUUAAUGGCUUCCCAAGUUACAAUAUAUUGGAAGAUUAUGAUUCUAACAAUCUAGAAAAUUCAUUUUCUGGAUCAAUUUUAUCUCCUUAUUCACAUAAUAAUCCUUUCUACAAUAACCUUUGGGGAGAUAAUAAGCUAUUCGUUAAUGGCUUUCCAAGUUACAAUAUAUUGGAAGAUUAUGAUUCUAACAAUCUAGAAAAUUCAUUUUCUGGAUCAAUUUUGUCUCCUUAUUCACAUAAUAAUCCUUUCUACAAUAACCUUUGGGGAGAUAAUAAGCUUUUUGUUAAUGGCUUUCCAAGUUACAAUAUAUUGGAAGAUUAUGAUUCUAACAAUCUAGAAAAUUCAUUUUCUGGAUCAAUUUUGUCUCCUUAUUCACAUAAUAAUCCUUUCUACAAUAACCUUUGGGGAGAUAAUAAGCUUUUUGUUAAUGGCUUCCCAAGUUACAAUAUAUUGGAAGAUUAUGAUUCUAACAAUCUAGAAAAUUCAUUUUCUGGAUCAAUUUUAUCUCCUUAUUCACAUAAUAAUCCUUCUAUAAUAACCUUUGGGGAGAUAAUAAGCUUUUCGUUAAUGGCUUUCCAAGUGACAAUAUAUUAGAAGAUUUUGAUUAUAACAAUCUAGAAAAUUCAAUUCAUGGAUCAAUGUAUUCUCCUUAUACAAAUCAUCACCCUUUCUACAAUAACCUUUGGCGUGGAAAUCCACAUUUUGUUGAUGAUUUUUCAAAAUACAAUCUAUUGGAUUACUAUGAUCCUAACAAUCCAGAGAAUGAAGGUCUAGUAGACAUCACCAAUGGCAGAUGGGGUACUCCAUGGUACUUUGCUAAAUUCUCUGGCACAAAAAGAUUCCCAUAUCGUAAAUUUCCAUCCUACAAGAAAUUGACAAGCGGUUAUCCUUCUUACAACCCUCCCCCACCUUACUCAAAAUUUGGAUUUAAUAAUAUUUUUAGUAUACAUUCCCCCUCCGUGAAUCCAUAUUCUGCAGAGUCUAGAGAUAAAUAUCACAGUCUCCUUGCUUUGAUCAGUGGUAGGAAUGAUAGAACCUAUUCUCAAGUAGGUAGACUAAAUGAUAGAGUGAGAAGGGCUAGAACAAAUAGAAUCUUUGGUGAGGGGAGUCUAUACGAUAAGUCAAUAGAUUUAACCCAAAUACAAGAUAUACCCGUUACCCGUUCAGCGUUUAUUAGAGGAAAUAAUGGAAAACUUGGAAAAAUUAUCAACUAUGAUUCAGAUUAUUUUUGUGGUAGAAGAGAUCCACCCCUUGCUAUCUCUAUGCUAUGCGGUAAUCCAUGUUUUCCAAAAUGUCUUGAAACUUGUUAAAGAUAUUGCCUGUCUCUGAAAUAAUCAGAAAAUAAUGUUUUCUCUAUUAAAUGAAUCUUAGUUUCAUUCAAUUUGAAAUUAUUCCACAGUAAACAAUGUUUAAAGAAUUAUUUUCAGUGUUCACUGCUCAGUAUAUAAUUAUCAUAUUUCAAGUUAUUAUAGCUAUAUAGUUAUAUCUAUUUCAGGUUAUUAUAAAGUUUAAAAGCUCAAAUAAUAUAAAUUAGAAAGUAUGGUGUGAAGAACAGAUUAUGACGAAUUAUCACAGUUUCUUGUAUUUGUGAAGAUAAAAUUCACUGAAUAAAUAACACUACCGGUAUUCGAAAAUCAUGAGUUUCGGGAAAGAUUUAUAUAGUAUUUAAAUAUUUACUGUGGGCCAUAGUUUAUUAUUUCCAUGAGAAGCAUAAUCUUUGGAAUAUUGAAAUGGAAAAUUUUAAUUUUGAAGUAAUCUAUUCUUACAUAUUCAAUCUAAUAUAUUUUGAUUCUAUAAUCUGUAAUAUUAAUCUGUUAUUCUAUUAUUAGGAUAGAAGUAUUGACUUAUUAUCACGGUACUAAAAUGAUUUAGAAAUUGUAUAAUUCUGUAAUCGAUGUUAUUCAAUUUGUGAUUGUAUUUAGUUAUUUCUGUCACCUACUUAUUAUGUGUACAGAAUAAUCACAUUGAAUGAUGAGCAAUAAACUUAUUGAUUUGUUUGCUUUUAAUUUUGUUAUCGAUUCAUUUUUUAGAAGCAAAAUUCGUUGAAUUUAUGUCAUAUUUCUCAAGAUAUUAUAUAAUAUCAAGAAUUAAGAACUUAUUCAUAAUACAUGAAUACAUUGAUAAAAAAGAACUUAUCCAUGAAUACAUUGGUAAACAUUUUUGAGCUUUUGUCAAAUUAUAAUAUUAUUGAUAAUUACCGUAUGUAAAAUAGCUGUGAAAUGGAAUUAUUAUUUUUGUUCAACACUGUAUAGUGAUUUCAUGUUUUUAUGCACAAUAAACGCUGCAGUUAUUCUACCA